AUUGAAGUUUACACUUUACCUUUACUUUACUGCAGGACUUUUAAGGGAUUUGCUUUCUUGGAUCACGAAAUAAUAACAAUUCAAGAUGCCGAAAGAACAAUUUCGCGAAGCUGAUGUUAUCAAAAAAAUCUCCCAUGUGCAAUUUUGCAUCAACAGCCCUGAAGAAAUUCAACAGGAAUCGCAUUUGAGAAUUGUUUCAAAAAAUCUCUAUCAAGGACAACGUGAACCCGUUCCGUAUGGAGUCUUGGACAAGAAAAUGGGCAUAAGUUCAAAAGACACCUUGUGUGAAACGUGUGCCCAAGGACUAAAUGAAUGUAUUGGACAUUUUGGUUAUUUGGAUUUAGCUUUGCCAGUGUUUCAUAUUGGUCACUUUCGGUCGACAAUAUGCAUUUUACAAACUAUUUGCAAAGCGUGUUCACAUGUGAUGCUCAAAGAACAGGAUAAGCUUAUGUAUGAAAAGAAAUUGCUCAACGAAAACUUUUCUUACCUUGCAAAAAAAUCGUUGCAUUCCCAGAUCCUUACAAAGGCAAAGAAGCAAACUAAGUGUCCCAAUUGCGAUGCAGUAAAUGGUGGUGUAAAGAAGGGCGUGGGAUUAAUGAAAAUUCUACAUGACCCAUUUAAAGGAAAAAAAAACGAUCCAAUUAUAACAAAUGCUCUAGAUGAACUAUUAGCUGCUACGGAUAAUAAUAGAGAAUUGAACCAAAUGAUGAAUGCAUAUAACCACGUGGAAGAACUUAACCCGCUAACAGUUUUGGAAUUAUUUAAGAAUAUCCCAAAAUCAGAUAUACCGCUUUUAGGAAUGACGGCAAAAGAUGCCAAUCCAGCUAAUUUAAUUGUCACCAGAGUUUUUGUGCCACCUGUUUGCAUUCGUCCUUCAGUACUGUCAGAAGUUAAAGCUGGAACUACUGAGGACGAUCUUACAAUGAAACAAAGUGAAAUUCUACUUAUAAACGAUGUAAUACAUAAACAUAUGACAAGCGGUGGAAAAAUAGAACUUAUUCAAGAGGAUUGGGAUUUUCUACAGCUCCAUGUUGCUCUUUACUUUCAUAGUGAAAUUUCUGGCAUACCAAUCAACAUGGUUCCAAAAAAACCGACUCGUGGUAUUGUGCAACGUCUUAAAGGAAAACAGGGACGUUUUCGAGGGAAUCUCUCAGGCAAACGUGUUGACUUCUCCGGGCGAACAGUAAUUUCACCAGAUCCUAACCUUAUGAUUCACCAAGUUGGCGUACCCGACAGAGUGGCGAAAAUCCUCACCUAUCCGGAGCGUGUUAAUCCAGCAAAUAUCCAAAAGAUGAAACAACUUGUAAAAAACGGAACUAACAAGCACCCUGGGGCUAAUUACGUCCAACAACGCGGAAGUACAUUUAAAAAAUACCUCGCUUACGGUAAUAGAGACAAAGUUGCUCAGGACCUUAAAUCUGGUGAUAUUGUUGAACGACAUUUGUGUGACGGCGAUAUAGUGCUGUUUAAUAGGCAGCCAAGUUUGCACAAAAUGAGUAUAAUGAGUCAUCAAGCUAAAGUGCAGCCUCAACGCACGUUUCGUUUCAAUGAAUGUGCCUGUACCCCAUACAAUGCUGACUUUGAUGGAGAUGAAAUGAAUUUGCACUUACCUCAGACCGAAGAAGCUCGAGCUGAAGCUUUAGUUCUGAUGGGAAAUAAAUCUAAUUUGAUUACACCAAAAAAUGGAGAGAUUCUUAUCGCAGCAACACAGGAUUUCAUCACUGGAGGCUACCUUUUAACACAGAAAGAUGAAUUUUUAACUAAGGAGCAAGCAAUGCAGUUAGCGGCAUGUAUGUUAGCCGGUCCAGAUUCAAACAUGGUUAUUGAAAUGCCUCCUCCAGCUAUUUUAAAACCCCGAAAGUUAUGGACCGGUAAACAAAUCUUCAGUCUUUUAAUGCGGCCAAAUAGUAAUUGCCCAGUUAAAGUUAAUUUGAUUACAAAAGGAAGAAACUAUACAACAAACUUUGAUCUGUGUGUAAGAGAUUCAUGGGUUAUAAUCCGGAAUUCCGAGUUGUUAUGUGGUUCAAUGGACAAAGGAACUAUGGGAUCAGGAACAAAAAACUGCGUGUUCUAUGUUAUUUUACGAGAUUUCGGGGAAGUAUUUUCAACAAAAUGCAUGUGGCGUCUUGCAAGGAUGGCAUCUUUCUUCAUGCAAAACCGAGGUUUUUCUUUCGGCAUCAGCGAUGUAACACCCAGCUUUAAAUUACUUGAAGAAAAGCAAAAACUACUCGAAAAAGGAUAUCAAAAAUGUGACGAAUAUAUUAUUCAAAUGAAAAAAGGAACUCUGCAAUGUCAACCAGGCUGUACUCCAGAACAAACCCUAGAGGCCGUAAUGCUUCGAGAAUUGUCCAGUAUUCGUGAGCAAGCAGCUAAGGCGUGCUUUCGUGAAUUGCAUCCUACAAAUAGUGCGCUGAUAAUGGCUCUUUCGGGAUCAAAAGGUUCCAAUAUCAAUAUUUCUCAGAUGAUUGCAUGUGUUGGUCAACAAGCCAUCAAUGGAAAACGAGUUCCAAAUGGCUUUGAGGACAGAGCAUUACCCCAUUUCGAAAAGCUUUCAAAAAUACCGGCUGCCCGAGGUUUCGUUCAAAAUAGUUUCUUUUCUGGAUUGACCCCAACUGAGUUUUUUUUCCAUACAAUGGGUGGACGUGAGGGCUUGGUAGAUACUGCUGUUAAAACAGCUGAGACUGGAUAUUUACAAAGACGAUUAGUUAAGUGCCUCGAAGAUUUAGUCGUACAUUAUGAUGGUUCGGUUCGAAAUGCCAUUGGGGAAAUUGUUGAGCUUAUAUAUGGUGGAGAUGGUUUAGAUCCUGUAUUCAUGGAAGUAAAAAACAAACCAGUAGAUUUCUUUAGGCAGCUAAAUCAUUUACGUGCCGUUUAUCCAUUCAGAGAAGAAAAGGCUCUUAAAUCCGUUGAUAUAGAACCGUUUGCUAGGAAAGUCUUACAAGAAAAUUAUUUCGCCACUUCACGUAAGGACUUUCAAAACGAAGUUUUAGAUUUCAUUAGAAAAAUAAGUAAACGUAUUGGUGAGAUUCAAGAAAAAUACAAGAAUAACCGAAAUUUGGCAAAUGAAAUAGACCGACUGAGUGAAGGACAGAUACGAAAGUUUAUGGAGCGGGUAAAUGACAAAUACAAUCGAGCUGUUACUGAGCCGGGGACAGCUGUUGGUGCUGUUGCAGCUCAAAGUAUUGGUGAACCGGGAACACAGAUGACAUUGAAAACUUUUCAUUUUGCUGGUGUGGCUUCAAUGAACAUCACACAGGGGGUUCCGCGUAUAGUAGAGAUCAUUAACGCAACUAAAACAAUCUCAACGCCAGUCAUAACCGCCGAAAUUUACAAUAAUACCAGCAUGGAAUUUGCUCGAAAAGUCAAAUCUCGUAUUGAAAAGACAACUCUUGGAGAGAUAUCAUCAUACAUUGAAGAAGUUUACAAACCAAGCGACUGUUUUAUAGUUAUAAAGCUGGACCUUUAUCGAAUCAAAGUCUUGGGACUAGAAAUUAAUGCUGAUACAAUUCGUUACUCCAUUUGCGUCUCCAAAUUGCGUGUGAAACCAGCACUAGUGGACGUUGUUGGGUCUUCAGUACUUAUUGUACGUAUUGAUAGUAGCAAGCACGGCAGCGGCUUAAAUGCAGAGCUGCAACGCUUAACUGCUUCAAUCCAAAACGUGGUAGUGGCUGGCCUUUCAAAUAUAUCACGGGCAGUAAUUGCUGUAGACGAUACAGUAUUCCCUCAUACCUACAAACUUUGCAUUGAAGGAGCUGGACUGAGGGAUGUAAUGGCUACUUAUGGAGUUGUGGGUUCGAAGACUAAAAGCAACAAUAUUUGGGAAGUUUACAACACCUUAGGUAUAGAAGCUGCCCGAACGACUAUUAUGACUGAGAUAACGGAUGUAAUGGAGGGCCAUGGUAUGACGGUGGACCAUCGCCAUAUAAUGUUGCUAGCAAGCCAAAUGACUAGUCGUGGAGAGGUGUUGGGAAUCACCCGACAUGGUUUAGCGAAAAUGAGGGAAAGUGUUUUUAAUCUAGCAUCGUUUGAAAAGACUGCGGAUCACCUUUUUGAUGCAGCAUAUUAUGGCCAAACUGAUGCUGUUGAUGGAGUUUCGGAAAGAAUUAUUUUGGGUAUGCCAGCUGCUAUUGGAACAGGACUUUUCAAACUCGUACAUAACCACAAAGAUACAAAUCUGGUACCCUGUGAACUACCUCUUUUUAAAAUUUCAUCUGCAGCAUAAAACAUUUUUAAUUUUUUUU